AUGCCUUCCCGUCAGCGUAUUGGAGGCAGCAUCGCAGGAUUCUUCUUCCUCCUGACAGUCUGCAAUGUUGAGAUCUGUAGAUCCAACGCAUGCCCACAUGCGGCGACCCUCUCUUCAAGAGCCAUGUCCCCCAGGGCAGUCACGACAGCGUCUGCUUUCCUAAGACUGCACGGCCUCCGUGGCGGUCAUGCGAGCAUGGACGAGGAUUCAGAGACGGAGGAGGAGAGGUUGACGAAACAGGAGAGGAGGAAGCGGGUGCGAGAGAGGAAACGGCUGGCGGCAGACGCCAAGUAUGCUGACAGGCAGCGGGCAAGAGCAGAAGAAAUUCUGGAGCAGGAGCGGCCGCAGGUAGCAACGGGGGGGAUAAGGUACACGCAGACGUCGAGAGAUCACAAGAGCAACCUGGCGGAGAGAGGAAAGUUGGAGAGCGUCGAGGAGAUGUGGAUGAGGGAGGUGGAGAUAGCUUCGAAGACAGGAGCGAUCAUGCCGACGUUCGAAGACGUUGCCAGGAGAAGAGAAGAGAUGAAGAGGAAAAUGUUCAGCUUUCACGUGUCGAACAGCGAGGAAGGUUCGGAAGGAGCGUCCAGGGAGGAGGAGGAGGAGGAGGAGGAGAGGACAGCGGGAGGUUGGACAUCGCUCAACGCCGUGAGCAAGGCAAGGUCGACUUCGAAGCUAUCGAGCUCUUCCUCAGAAGAAGACUCGGAGUUUGAGAGGAAGAAGCAGGACGCAGGAACGCCAACUGAUAAGGAGAAUGCGUUGAGAAGAAAGUUGGAGAAGAAGCUAAAGGACGGGCAGGAGCUAUUUCUCAAGGGCAUGUACAAACAAUCUGAGAUUGAUUCCUUGAAGAAGCACGUGGAAGGAAAGCUGCGGGAGCUGGACGGAGCUGCUGAAGCGAGGAAGGAGAGAGUUCAGAGGAGGAAGAGGGAGGAAAAGGUGAAGGAGAAGCUGAAAGCUCUCAAGGUGUCGAGCGCGGACUUCAAGUCCCUGGAAGAUGCGGAGGAUUAUCUUGAGAACGUGAAGGUGGAUGAUUUUGAUUGGGAAGCGAUGCGGGAUGCGGUAGAAGACGAAGAGAUGGAGGAGGAGGAGAGGGGCAAGAAGGAAAAGAAGAAACAAAAGGGCAAGAAGGAAAAGAAGAAACAAAAGGGCAAGAAGGAAAAGAAGGACAAGGAAGAAAACAAGGAAAACAAGGAAAACAAGGAAAACAAGGAAAACAAGGAAAACAAGGAAAACAAGGUCAAGAAAGAAAACAAGGAAAACAAGGAAAACAAGGUCAAGAAAGAAAAGAAGGACAUGAAGGAGAGGGAGAAGGAGAGGGAGGGAAUGAAAGACAAAGGGACCAAAGAGGAAAUAGAACGGAAGAAGAGGAAGCAAAAGGAGGAGGAGGAGGAGGAGGAGGAGGAGGAGGAGGAGGCGCGGAGGAUGAAAAAGUUGGAGGAUGAGUUUGUCGACGACAACUUGAGAGACCGAGAAAAGAAACUCGAAGGAAGAAACAAGGGGGUCAAGGACGAGGGUUUGAAGGGGAGCAAACAUGGUUCAAAGAGACAUGGCGAGGUCGAUGAAUUGUUUGAUGAUAAAGUCAUGGCAAGCAAACCUAAUACAAGGUUGAAGAAAGUGGCAAAGAGAACAAAGGAGAAAGAUAACAAGCCUUUCAAGAUGGAUGGUAUGGACGUGGGGAAGGAGGAGAAGGAGGAGGAGGAGGGAGUUAUGAGAGACGAAGUUGACCCCAAGAAACGUGAGGAGGAGAUUCUGGCCAAGGUAAGAAGAGCGACGAAGGCGAUCAGGACAGGUCAAGACAUGGCGGACGUCAGCGACAGUGAAGAUGAAGAGGAAACGAGAAACACACAAGGAAAGAAGGACGGGAAAGAGAAGCGAGUCGACGCUGCAAGUCAGAUGUCGAACCGGCCGACGAAACCGUUACCGUCCAUGAAAGUGCUGGAGGCAGCGUGGAAAGCCUCGAACAGGAAAAAGACUCAGGAGAAGGGGAUAGAAUACACCGAUGAACACUUCAAGAAGGGUGUGUCGUUGGAGGAGAUGAUUCGGAAGAAACAGGAGGAAUCUAUGUCAAUAUCCUCAUCUUCAGAGGAAGACGACUCGGACUCAGAUGAAGAUGAUGAUGAUGUGGAAGAGGAUGAGGAUGAGGUGUUUUGGAUCAAGAGGAAGGGAGGGAUGGACCUGCGAUCGUCCUUGAACUACAUGCAGCAGAACGUGAACAGCAGGAAGAAAUUUGCAACUUGUGUUGAGACAAUACUGCUGUAUGCUACCAACAUCGUCAACAACCGCCAAGACGAGAAAGUUCGCGUGAUCAGACGUGGCAACGCAAUGUUCCAAUCCCGCGUCGCAAGUUGCAAGGGAGGGCUGAGGUGUAUGUAUGCCAUAGGGUUCAGACUAGCAAAACUUCCGUCGGCACAGUCUACCUCACUGCCAAAAUUGGUUGGAAAACAACAACCUUCGUCGUCUCUCGACGAUCAAUACCUGUUCAUGCCUUCGAUUCCUGUGGAGAUGUCACAGUUGCGAACGACGCUGGAGCAGGUGUUUCUGAAGCACUCUUUUGGCAAGGGAUUUUCCAUUAUAAGUCUGCGGGAGAAUGAAGCAUUCAAUGUCUGUAAGAACAACAAGACUGAGAAUGUGGUUUUCUUCGAAGGGCUUCGAGCUAUCGAGAUGUCGAAAUUCACGCCAUCUGCAUUGUUGGCGAAUGCAAUCGAGGACUCACGAGAUACUUUCCUUGCCCAAGACAUCCAUGAGGAUCAGUUCGUUGAGCCGUAUUCAUCGUAUGUCAACAGCACCAGCAGCUUCAAGAGGGAUCGCGCAAACGCGCUUGCGAGUUACAUCAAAGAGCUGUGUCCUAAUUGGAAGGUUCAACUUUGUCAGAAAGACUCCAACGCACUUCUCCCGGAUCUCUACAACUGCGGCAUUGGUGUUGAGCUGGACAUAGAUCGCCCAGAUGUUGUUCAUCCUGACAGGAGGAUCGUUCUCAUCAAACAAUCUUUGACAAAAGGCCCAGGCAUAUCGUUUGUUUGCUCCACAACCAUGCAAGCAUCUCACUUUUCCAUCUUGACAGCGGACAUCUGCGGGUUGAAAGAGCAAGAUUACAUCAUCUCUGUUGACGGAAAGUCUUUGAAGAAGGUGAUAGCUUCGGGUCCGAUCAAAGAUCGCAUUGCCGACGUUGCAAACAUGAUAUGUGGAGAAGCUGGAACGAAUGUGACCCUGACAAUUGUCAGACCCCCGUUGAGUUUAAUGUUACUCGACAAGCUCUACAAGAAAGAAAGACCAGAUCUGAUCCCUGAAAUCACAUCCUUCAACAUCAGUAUCACGCGAGGGCAAAGAUACAUCUCCAACCGCGCUGCCCCAGUCCUCCUCAUCCUCUGUAUCUCUACAGAGCGCUGCAAGAUCAUCUCAGACGCCAUCUCCGAGUUUGACGGCGAGUGCCCCGUUGCCAGGCUCUUCCUUCUCAAGCCUCAGAUGCUUCAACAUCGCCUCCAGAGGUCUUUGAUCGACUCAAGGAUCUUCGUGGGUACUCCAGGAAAGUUUUGUCGUCUCGCUGAGAUGGGAGCCUUCGACCUGCACAACCUCAAGUACGUCCUGGUCGACAUGUGGGUAGACAGCAAGGCCAGGAGUCUGACGAGCAUGGCUGAAACUCGAUCCGACCUCUUCAAGUUGUACUUUGGUCACCAACACUUCAAUAUGCAUCGGAAGAUUGAAAUCAGUCACCUCCUCUGGGAACGUCAAGGUUGGUUUCUUCUGAUGUCUCUUUGA